CAGUUUUGCCCCACCAAUAGGAGCUCUGGUAGGUGAUGUCAUGCUGCCGGGCUGGUUGUGGUGCUGAUGCUGUGAGCUGGUACAGCAAACAGAAGCUCAACAGAGAGAGGGGAGAGAGAGGACAAAGUAAGCCAGGACAUAGAGUAUCAUCAGCAUUUUUACAUACCAAGAGAGAGAACAGUUUGAUUUCUUCAGGUCUUUGGAAGCCAGUUAGCAGAAACACAAUGACUCUAUCAGCCAAGAUGCGAGAGCUCCCUCUGGUGUCUCUCUUCUGCUCCUGCAUAUUACCUGCACCCAAAGAAAAGACCCCAAACAAGAAAGGUGUGGUGGAUCUGAACCUGUGCAUCAUCAGGGACAUGGAGGUGAUUGAGCUGAACAAGCGUACGUCCGGCCAGGCCUUCGAGGUCAUCCUAAAGCCUCCAUCCUUUGAUGGAGGGCCAGAGCUCCGUGCUACCACACCCCCACGCAGGGAACCCUCCCUUGAAGACAUCCAAAGGAAACUGGAUGCAGCAGAGGAAAGGAGAAAGUGUCAGGAGGCAGAGUUUUUGAAGCACCUGGCUGAGAAGCGUGAACAUGAGUGGGAGGUGGCCCAGAAGGCUGUGGAGGAACACAACAACUUUGUCCGCCUGGCUAAGGAGCGUCUAGAGCAACGCAUGGAGGCCAACAAGGAGAAACGGCAGGCACACAUCUCUGCCAUGCUGGGGCGCCUGCAGGACAAGGACAAGCACUCUGUGGAGGUGUCCUGAUGGCCUGAUCACAACACAAGCUGAACAUUCCAUGGAAACCAUUUUACGGAAGCCUCUCAUAUGAGUUGUUACCGCGGUUACCGUAACCACGGGAAGGCCCUGUGUUUUUUGGAAGGCCAGGACAGGCCAGGGUUAGAGAGAAGGAUGACUUUCAUCUCAUCACAGCAGCUCUCACAAAGAGAAAAAAAGAGACGAGAGCUGGAGAUGGAGGCGCGAUACUUUCGUGUUUAGGAAUUGGUCCAAGUGCCUGCAUCUAGGAUCACACCAAUUCCACAAAGACCUUCAAAUACAUUCUAAAGACCUACUGGAUACAUUUCAAGGCAUUCUAAAGACUGGGAAAAGUGUAAAGGUUCUGAUUGAUACCUUCAUCUUCACUUAAGGACCACUCAGAAAUCUAUCUGCUUUGCUGAUGUGCCAACAGUGCCAAUGAAUGCGCGUGUGUGUGUAACUGUGUGCAUGUUAUGUGUGUGCGUGUGUCCAUAUGUGAGCUUGUGCAUGUGUGUGUGUGUGUGUGUGAAUAUGUGUGUGUGUGUGUGUGCGGGCAUACUAAUAUGAAACAAUGUGCUUUGAGCUAAUACCUGCAGGCUAGGUUUUAAUAUAUCUUUCAUUAUAAGUUAGAUUUCUGAACUGGAUUCCUGUCUCCAGAAAUGUUAUGGACAGGGUGCCUGUGUGUGACUAUAUACAAAUUGUACUAUAUUUUAGAUGCCAAAAGUAAAAUAAAAAUAUUUGCAUUGAAAUGAAAGUCUUUAUUUAAUAAAUACUUAAAGGAAAUAUGAAUACAACUUAAAUAGCCCAUUAAUAAAUACAAACAAUUAUUACACAAUACAUUAUUGUUUUGGGUUAGA